AUGCCUUUAAUGUUGCUGCGAAUUCCCGUUGCAGUUGCGGCAACCUUGUAUUUCCUUGGUAUUGGCUGUGUUUAUGUUGUGCUAUCAUCUUCCCAGACACUAUCUAUUGAAAGUGAAAUCAUCGCUUUCGACUCGAGCCAACAGCUAAGGAAAUUUUCUUCUCUGAUAUUCCAAGGUUGGUGUAAACAUCAGAAAUCGUUUGAGACUAAAUACACAGGAAACGAUACGAAAAUGAGAAAUAUGUCGUUGGUCCAUGCGUGGGCGCGAUCAUUCCUAUCUAACUUCACCCUCACUAAAACCGGGAGUUUUAGAUGCGGACAAUCUCCUGUAUGUACUCAAUUCCCAAUCGAUUCUAAAAGUAGUUGUUUUCAACCAAUGGUUAUUGCUGUUCUAUUGUUGUCAAUGAUGUUGUUGGUGAUGCUGAUCUUGUUACUUUUUGCUCUCCUCCACGAUUUUCCUAUCGGUAUUCCUCCCUAG